CAACACGCCAAUACCGCCACAACAAACACACAACAACAACAAUGGAAGCAGUUGCCAAACAUGAUUUUACAGCAACGGCUGAUGAUGAGCUGUGUUUUCGUAAAAAUCAAAUCUUAAAGAUUUUAAAUAUGGAAGAUGAUUCAAAUUGGUAUCGUGCUGAAUUAGAUGGCAAAGAAGGUCUCAUACCCAGCAAUUACAUAGAAAUGAAAAAUCAUGAUUGGUACUAUGGCCGCAUUACCCGCGCUGAUGCUGAAAAACUAUUAUCGAACAAACAUGAAGGCGCUUUUUUAAUACGUAUUAGUGAAUCAAGUCCGGGUGAUUUUUCAUUAUCGGUUAAAUGCCCCGAUGGUGUUCAACAUUUUAAAGUAUUACGUGACGCACAAGGUAAAUUCUUCCUUUGGGUGGUUAAAUUUAAUUCAUUAAAUGAAUUGGUGGAAUAUCAUCGAACCGCUAGCGUAUCCCGUUCACAAGAUGUCAAAUUAAGAGAUAUGAUACCUGAAGAGAUGCUUGUACAAGCCCUGUACGAUUUUGUGCCACAAGAAUCUGGGGAAUUGGAAUUCAGACGUGGUGAUGUCAUCACCGUAACAGAUCGUUCCGAUGAGAAUUGGUGGAAUGGUGAGAUUGGCAAUCGUAAGGGCAUUUUCCCAGCUACCUAUGUAACGCCAUAUCAUCACUCAUAAUUAUUGCUUAAAUAUAACAAUCACCAACAACAACAACCGCAACAACAUCC